AUGAAUGAAUUAUCGCAGUCUGGGACGCGUACGGUCGGUCCAUAUACAAUUGGUUCAGAAAUUGGACGUGGAUCGUUUGCUACCGUAUACAAAGGUCGACAUUCAGUGACGAAAGAAGCAGUUUCCAUCAAAAGUGUUCUAAGGAAGAAACUGACGAAGAAGUUGUUGGAGAACCUGGAAAGCGAGAUCUCAAUUUUGAAAGAAAUUAAACAUGUUCACGUUGUGGAGCUUUAUGAUUGCCAAAAGUCCGGCAGAUUUAUCCAUUUGAUUAUGGAAUACUGCUCGUUGGGAGAUCUAAGCUACUUUAUCCGAAAACGAGAGAAGCUCGGAAGUAUUCCCUCCUUGUCUUGGCUCGUCAACGAAUAUCCACCCGUUUAUAAGGCUGGUCUGAAUGAAACGCUUGUUCGACACUUUACUCAGCAACUCGUUUCGGCAUUGCAGUUUUUACGGUCGAAAUCUCUUAUUCACCGAGAUGUUAAGCCUCAAAACCUCCUGCUACAGCCUCCUCCUACCUCUGAGUACUUGGAGGCACAUCCCGACUUUGUUGGCAGUCCGAAUUUGCCCAUACUAAAACUUGCCGACUUUGGUUUUGCUCGUUACUUGCAAACGGCUUCCAUGGCAGAAACACUGUGUGGCAGCCCUUUGUACAUGGCGCCUGAGAUUUUGCGGUAUGAAAAGUACGACGCAAAGGCUGAUCUGUGGUCCUUGGGUACUGUGCUGUACGAAAUGGCCGUUGGUAAGCCUCCGUUCAAGGCCCCUAAUCACGUCGAACUACUUCGUCGUAUUCAACGUGCAAAGGAUGUGAUCAAGUUUCCCGAGGAGGCAUUCAUCCAUCCCGACAUCAAACUACUCAUCUGUGCUCUGCUCAAGCAAAAACCCGGCGAGCGACUUGGUUACGAGGGGCUGCAGUCAUCAAUGGUGAUUACGACCCCUGUCGAUGACGCCUGUUCUUUAUCAAAGAGUGCUAUUCAAGACGCUGUCCAACCCAUCACACUCCCUUCUUCCAGCCCGGCUUUUAUUACUGACCUUUUCCCUCGAAACACACCUCCUGCCACUGGUGGUUUACUGCGACAAGCCAUUCAGGCCGAACGGUUUACCGGUGCGGGUGCCUCACGGAAUGUCCCUAUCCCUCGACGUUUUACCACACGGUAUUCUCGUACUGAUAACAGCGUACCUUUCACACCAGUCAUGCCUCCGGAGAGUGCACCUGUAUCGACAAAUCAGUUCGUUGGUUAUGCCCGCGCUCAAAACUACGAAGACCGGGGUGUGUCGAGUUUCAAAAGCAAUAAAAACGGCAGCGAUUUCGUUGUUGUGGAUCACGAUUCAAGUUAUUGGGUCAAUAAUAAUCAGCGUUUUUCUCGCGAAUAUACAACUUCGUCUCCAACUGCCGGCUUAAUGCAUCCCAAUAGCUUCUCUCCUGAAAGUUUGCCUCCAAACUCUGGAAACAUCCCUAUCCCCGUCAACCGUUUACGUCGCUUGCCGUCUUUCAACACGGCGGUAAAUUGCUCUGCGCCUGCAGCUCAUUUAGCGCAGCCAGCUUAUGAUCAGUUCCACACAUUCGAACCCUCGUCCGUAGCAACUCCUCAAAGUGCAUUAGCACGGGCUUUAAACUUUGCAAAUGCAAAACUUCAUGGCAAUGAAGAAAAAAGUGGAAUGAUGUCGGACACUUCUUCACGAAGGAAGAGUCUGGGAUCCUUUUCUUCGAAGCCUAUUAUUCUUGGUGAAGCAGCACUUAUUAAAUCACUCGAGGAGCUUUCCACAAAAUGCAACGCCGUCUUCCGUUUUGCCGAGAUAAAACUUGCUCAAGUAAUUUCUCCACUAGCUGCUGAGUCUCGUAUUGUGGAGUUGGAGGCCAAUGCACAAUUACCUCCUGGUGCUAUUGCGUCUCUCUGCAAAGAAGCGUUUGUGCUGUAUGAGCGCGACAUGGAACUUUUACAAAUUGGUCUUGAUAGAAUAUUUGCCUUUAAAGCUGGUAAUUUGGAGCAGAGCAGUUCCAUGCCUGUUCAACAGUCUCAUGACUGGUUUCGCAGGCGUUAUAAUGAGUCAUUUGAAAAGUCUCAGUUUAUGCGCGAAAAGUAUAUUUCGCUAACGACUUUGCAUGAGAUUGAUGAUUCUGACAACAUCGAGGCAUCGCAUCUCAUCUAUAAUCAAGCUCUUGAUAUGUCGAGGACGGCCGUAACUUCGGAAUUAUCAGGACAAGAUUUGGCAAAAUGCUUGCGCAUGUACGAAGCAUCUAAUAUGUUGUUGGAGUCACUUUUGGAAGGUGAUCUCCCUUCUGUUAAUAGUACUGAUGAGUCUAAUGAUGCACCCACCAUUAAGAAGUUUAUUGCACUGAUUCGUAGACGUCAUGAUUUGGUUGCUCAAAAAAUGCAAAACCAGCGAGGUCGUGGUGAUAACUUUGUUGAAGCCAUGGCGAAAGUCUCAUUGGCAUCUAAUCCAAAUUAG